AUGCCUGGACUUCUUCUGACCCCGGAGACGGAGUUCAAGACUCUAAAGAUCAAGAAACUGCACCCGACGUUCGCGGCCGAGAUUGAAGGAGUGGACUUCUCCAAGCCUCUCGAUGACGACGUUUUCAGGGAGAUCCUCGCCGCAUCAGCAAAGUAUGGCGUGAUCGUGUUCCGCAAGACGGGGCUCGACGACACAGGCCACGUUGAGUUCUCCCGUCGAUUCGGCGAGUUGGACGACAUCAGACCGUACAUGACCAAUGGACGCAAGCCUCGAUAUGGCUACUACGAGCUGUUCGAUGCCGGCAAUAUCGACCCAGACACCAACACAGUGCUCCAGCCAGAUAGCCCGCGAGCCCAAUACAACAAAGGCAAUGCUCUGUUCCAUGUUGAUUCGUCGUUCAAUCCUCGGAGGGCCUCAUACUCGCUCUUGAAGGCGCACGAGCUGCCACCACCAAACACUGGCGGUAACACCGGCUUUGCUGACACUCGAACUGCGUGGGACGAGCUGGAUCCUGAGUUGAAGGCCGAGCUCCUUGAGAAAGACUAUGUCGGCGCUCACUCGUUGUACUCAUCACGCAAGAAGGCGGCCCCUGAGUUCUUCAAGGACCUCAAUGUGAAUGACUACCCCAUGCACAAGCACAAGAUAGUGCAGAAGCACGAACCUUCCGGCCGGACGAAUCUGUACAUUGCUGCACAUAUGGACCAUGUUGUGGACGUGUCACCAGAAAAGUCGAAGGAGCUGAUGGACAAGCUCAUGACCCAUGCGACGCAGGAAAAAUACACGUUGAGCAUUCCGUGGCACGAACCAGGCGACUUGGUCAUUUGGGACAACACCUGUGUCAUGCAUAAAGCUGAGGGCGGUUCUUUCGCUGGCAAGUAUCGUCGGGACCUGAGGAGAACGACCGUGCAUGAUGACUCUCCGUGGGCGUGGGGUUUGAACAAGGAAGGCAAAGAUGAGAGGCCGGGCUUCGCACUGUAUGACUUGUGA